UUCGGAGCACUUCCGGUAGCAGUUUUUCUGCUCCAUUCGGAGCAAGCCUGUUCCAUUGGCAGAUUGAGAGUGCUCCCUGUAUGUUUCAUUGGCAGAUCCGGAGCGGCCCCGCCGCGAAAUCCACUCCACGGAGCAACUCUCUCUACUCCGUGAAAAGCGGCGGAUUCAACCGGAAGUCGCAAGCGCCCCGCGCGUGCGCAGUGCGUGGCGUACCACGUGAUCAACCAACGCGCUGUCCAAGCGCGCCCGUUCACUCCGCGCGCCGAGAAGGCAAGUCGCGUCUCGGAAGAAAAAUGAGUGGUGCGUCGCAGCGUCAACUUGCGCUUUUGCUGCUCGCCGAGAGCGAUGAUUCGAGCUCUAGUUCCGGAUCGACCAGUGAGGACUCAAGCGAUGAAGAAGCUUUGGAAGCUGGCGUAUACGAACACGUUUUUGACGUCAUGUUUCGGCCGCCGGACAAGAAACCGAAAGUUGAGCAUUUCGUCGACGACGUCGUCCGCCAGUACUCGGAUGAAGAGUUCCGAAGGCACUUCAGGUUGUCUCGGCGUGUUGCCACCGAACUGAUAGCAGGCUUCGCGUCUUCUCCGAUGUGCCCGACAGACAAUAACGGUGGCAAGGCUGCGAAGUCUGCGGAGACGCACCUUUUGUCCUUCAUUUGGUAUGCAGCCAACAAAACAUGCAUGCGGGAUGUGGCCGACAGAUUCAACCUAGCUGAAAGUACUGUACACAGGGUACUGCAAAGAGUGGCAGACUACCUGUGUACGCGAGGUCCAACUGUCCUCACAUUUCCCCGUCACCUGGAGAAGCUGUCCAGAGAUUUCGAGAAAGUCUCGGGUGUGCCUGGUGUCGUUGGGUGCAUAGACGGUUGCUACAUUCGCAUCCAGUGCCCCGAAAACAAGAUAGCUUCGACCUACGUCAACAGACACCACUUCCUCUCAAUGACAUUGCAGGCUGUGUGCGACAACAAGAGGCGAUUCAGUGACGUGCUCGUUGGAAGCUCGAGCAAGAUACACGACUCCCGUGUCUUUCGCCUGUCCUCGCUUGCCAAAAAAAUCCCAGGGAUAUGCCAAGGUGGCAGGUAUCACAUCCUAGGUGACGCAGCAUACCCUGUAAGGUCGUUCUUGCUUACCCCUUACAGGGAUUAUGGAGCACUAACAAAACAGAAGAAAAAAUUCAAUGCAAAAUUUUCGGCAACCCGCGUGCUGAUUGAAAACUCGUUUGGGAUCCUGAAGAAACGCUUCCGCCAGCUUAUGUAUCUGGAGCUGCGGACUGUCAAGUGGCUAAAUGCGUUUAUGCUUGCUUGUUGCAUCUUGCAUAAUCUGUGCAUCGACACAGGCGACGAACUGCUCGAUGACAGUGAUGAAGAGGAGGCUAACGAUGAUGUACCAUGGUCCAAGUGCACAGACAGCGAUGAAUGUGAAGAAGAGGAUACUAAAGAAGACGCAGCACUACGUAAGCUCGGCGAGUUGAAGCGAGAGAAAGUGUUCCAAAAAAUGUUUGGGGGAAAAUGA